AUGGAGGUUUCUAGAUCUCCUCCGAAACCGCUUACCUCGGUAUCAACCUCCGUAACGGAAACAAUCAAUGGCUUCCACGAAUUCAAGAUCAGCGCCUAUUCUCUCACCAAAGGCCUCGGCGUCGGCAAAUUCGUGUCCUCGGAGACUUUUAUGAUCGGCGGUUACACGUGGGCGGUUUACUUUUAUCCGGAUGGGAAGAAUCCGGAGGAUAACUCUUCUUAUGUGUCUUUGUUUAUUGCGCUUGCGAGCGAGGGAGCUGAUGUGAGGGCUUUGUUUGAGCUGACGCUUGUGGAUCAGAGUGGGGGUGGGAAGCAUAAGGUUCAUAGUCAUUUUGGGAGAGCGCUUGAGAGCGGGCCUUAUACUCUUAAGUAUAGGGGAAGUAUGUGGGGAUACAAGCGGUUUUUCAAGAAGUCCAGUCUAGAAACAUCAGAUUAUCUGAAGGACAAUAGUCUCUUGGUUCGGUGCCGUGUUGGUGUGGUGAAGUCAUGCACUGAGGGACAGAAGAAUUACAACAUCCCUGUACCAGUUUCUAACUUGGGCCAACAGUUUGCAAAACUUUUGGAAAGUGGGAAAGGUUGUGAUGUUACUUUUGAAGUUGAUGGAGAAACAUUCGCUGCGCACAAACUGGUUCUUGCAGCGCGUUCCCCAGUUUUCAGGGCACAGCUUUUUGGCCCGUUAAGAGAUCGAAAUACUGACCGCAUAGAGAUAGAAGACAUGGAGUCUCCCAUUUUUAAGGAUUUUCUAUUCACGAAUGUACCAUCCGGGAUCUUCUCCUGGGGCGCUACUCCUGUUGUCGAGUUUACUCACCCAGGAUAA